GCUGUGCUUGGAAUGGACCAACAUUAAAAUACAAUAUGUGCUCAGUGGUGAUCCUAUGAUGGUGUCUUUCCACUGAUGUAAAUGAGAAUGGACAGACUAGAGCUGACAGGAAGGCUACUGUAACUCAAAUAAGCACUCUUUACAACUGUGGUGAACAGAAAGGUAUCUCAGAGCGCACAAUAUGCCAAACCUUGAGGAGGAUGGGCUACAUCAGCCAAAGACCACAUUCAUUUUCACCCCUGUCAGCCAGAAACAGGAAUCUGAUGUGCAGGUUCACUAAAACUGGACAGUUGAAGAUUGGAAAAAAAUCACCUGGCUGUCACUUCCAUUAAAUACUUGUAAAAAUAUUGUUGCUUGAGAUGGGUGAACUCAUUUUUGAAUGGUUAAAUACAUGUUUGCUUAGGUAAUGUUGAAAAAAUUAUCAAAAUUAUUAAUAAUGGAAUCAUCCAAUCAGUAUUAAAUAUAUUAAAUGAAAAACAGUCCGAUUUAGUUGUUAAAGAGCAUUUUUGUCGAUCCUUCAUACUCAAUUACAUUUUGUGCAUUUAAAGCAUUCCUUGUUUGUACUGUACACUGGAUUUAUGGUGAACUCUGGCUAAAAAUAUACUGAGCUAUUCAGGAAAUGUGUUGUCCACUGAGAGUUCAGACAACACCAAAAAUGGCUGGCAUGUAAAAUAAUGCAUUAUAUUGUAGGAAAGGCUUGAAAUUCAUAACACACCUCUAGAUUUUUGUUUCUUGUUGGAAAGAAGACCAGUCUGUCCUGAUAUCCAGUUAACAGAACCUUUAAUGGAUGUUUUUUCUGGAACAUGGCCUCUGCAGAGAGCUCUUUCACAAUGACCUUAUUCUCUCUUCUCUCCUCAUCAACAGUUAAGAGCUCGUAAGGGACUCAGUAGCUCUGCAUUGCUUGGAGAUGUCACAGACUGAGGUCUCGAGAACACAGCUGCCUAUUCACAAACUUUCAUUGUCAUGCCUCAUGCCUGCCUUCAGCACAAAUCAGUGUUUGCUUAAAUGCAAAACUACAACUCAUAAUCUAGUCCGAAUGGCUGCCAGUUAUAGUCGUUUGUCUUUGCUGCUCUCGAUUCUUGUUCUCAACGUAUCAGUUGCCAGAUCAUCAGAGACGCCUUUCAAGGUAACCGAGGGCAGCACUGUGAUUCUGUCCUGUCAUUACUCUGUGAAACAUAAUGGCCCGAGCCACGUCUGCUGGGGUCGAGAUUGUGGAACCUUCUGGUGCAAUGACAUCAUCGUUCAGACAGACCAAAGUGGGGUCAUCUCAAAGGUCUCUGAUAGGUACAGACUCAUCGGAGAUGUUCUCUCAGGACAAAUGGACCUAGGGAUCCAGCGGAUACGACAAUCAGACAGUGGGCCGUACUGCUGCAGGAUAAACAUAGAUGGGCUUUUCAAUGACAAGAAGGUGACCUACUCUUUAAAAGUCAUGAAAGCUGCAACAAAAACACCACCAACAACUACUACACUUCAUACUACAGAACCACUGCAAACUCAGACAGGUACAGAGUCAUCAGCGUUUGACAUUUCUGGACAAAACUUCACCUUGCAGAAUUCUAAUCCUGUGUCUGAUGAAGCGAUAUCAAGCAUAUCACUACAGAUCAACAUCCCCGUGCUUUCUCUGUCUCUCAGUCUGCUCUUGCUUCUGAUAGGGGCAUUGGCCCUGCUGGCCUUCAAACGUGGGUUUCACAUGAAAGUCAUAGAUAGUGGAUGUAUGUCGAAAGAGCCAAGGCACAUUGUUUACGAAAUACGGACCAGAAGACCAGUGGAGGAGAAUAUUUAUAUCCUGGAAUAGUAGCGUAUCCAAGACAUAUACACGCACAAAGAUUAUGUAAUGUUGUAUGUUUAUGUAUGUUUGUAUGAUUAUGUAUUAAUAUAUAAUUAUGUAAUAUGUAAUUAUGUAAUAUGUAAUAUGUACCAUAUGUUUAAUGUCUGCAAAGAAUGAUAUCAAGUAGAAACAUAUGUAAUAUUAAAAAAAAUGUACCUAAAACAUUUUAUGAUUCAUUAUGAGAUUAAAUUAAAACAAAUGUAAGAUUAUUAGGCCUAUUUCUAGACAUGUUUACUAAUUUUAUGCUUGAAGUUCU